ACCAUGUCUGACGGAGCUAACACCAUUGUUGAAAUUACCCUUGAGGUAACAAUUGAGAUUCAGAACGUAACAUUGUUGCGAUGGUCCUCGAGAUCAUGUCUGAGAUCACAGCAUCACUGUGAUAGUUGAGGUCAUAGAUAUCAGGCUAUUACCAAGAGCCUAUUGGGUACCACUAAAAGUAUAUAUGAUUACUAAUUGGAUGUGUUAUAACAUUUUGUUUUAGGCUUUCCCUCGAACGAUCAAGAUGGAUAAAUGGAAUAUCCUACCAUUCAACUUCAAAGCGCUACCGACUACACAAGUGAGAGAUGCAUGGAUUAAGUAUAAGCGAAACUUUAAAUAUAUCGCCCUGGCAAAUGAAGAAAACAACCAAACGAAGCUGCAGUACAUGUUCCUCGCCAAGGCAGGCCCAGAUGUCCAGGAAGUAUUUGCUUCACUGCCAGGAGGAGACGCUGGAACGCAAAAUGAGACUGCAACUCCUUUCGAUGACGUUAUCACGCUGCUGGACGAGUACUUUGCGCCACGCCAGCAUGAAACAUUCGAGCGUCACAAUUUUUGGAUGUUGAAGCAAAAUCCCGAAGAGUCAUUGGAGAAGUUUCUGCUGAGAUUGACGGACCAUGCAACGAGAUGCAAUUUCGGAAAAACUAAAGAAGAAAGUGCCGAAAUCAGUGUGAUCGACAAGAUUAUUCUUCUGGCCCCGCCGGAUCUAAAGGAAAGGCUGUUGGAGAAAGAAAACCUAACGUUGAACGAACUCACGAAGAUGGUCAAUUCUUACUCCUCUGUUAAAUUCCAAGCGAGCCAAAUGAAGCCUGCAGAACAACCGUUACCGUUGAACACCAUCAGCAAAUCACGACCUCUAAACAAUCGCUACACCCCCAAGUCUACAUCGGAAUGCUCUCGUUGCGGCUGGCGAGGUCAUACAGCAAACGAUCAGAAAUGCCCAGCUAAGAACAAGGUGUGCGAUAGGUGCUUGAAAACCGGACACUUCGCUAAGCGGUGUAAAACUCCACAGGACGGCCAGAGGUUCAAAAGGGAGGACCAAGCCCGAGACCAGGACAGGGACGCAAAACGGCGGCGUAUCAAUUCGAUCCAGCAUCAGGAGGAUUCAGAGGAGGAGCAAAAUCAAACGAGUUUUCUGUAUGAUAUCAGCGAUAGAGAAGAAAUCAUUUGGGUACGAGUAGGCGGCGUUUUCUGCCAAAUGAUGAUCGACUCUGGAUCGGCAAAGAACAUCAUCGACGAACAAACAUGGCGGAAUUUGGUGAUUCAAGGUUUGCAGAUGAAAAAUCCACGAAAUGAUUCUACGUUCACGUUCAAGCCUUAGUCUUCAAAACCACUGAAGGUUCUGAAGGUUUUUGAGGCAGAUAUCAGUGUUACGGAUGUAGAUAAUCGAGCGAUAACCAUCGCCACAUUCUUCGUGGUUGCAGAGGGCUCUCAAUCCAUACUGGGUAAAGAUACUGCUAAAUCCUUGGGCGUACUUUUGAUCGGAUUGCCGAGUGUACGUUCACCUACUAUAAACGCGAUUAGUGGAGUUCAAAUUGGAGAUAAUGCCAAGCGCCUAUUUCCGAAGAUAAAGGAAGUCCAACUUUGCAUACCCAUUGAUAAAACUGUUGCACCGAUUGCUCAACAUGCUCGCCGACCGCCGCUCGCUUUGUUAGAUCGCAUUGAGGAGAAGUUGAACAUGUUGCUGAUGGCGGACAUAAUUGAACCAGUGCAAGAGUAUAGUCAGUGGGUGUCCCCAUUGGUGGCCAUUGUUAAGGACAACGGAUACUUGAGACUAUGCGUGGAUAUGAGACGCGCAAAUGAAGCCAUACGCCGAGAAAAUCAUUUGAUGCCUACUUUCGACGAUUUUCUACCUCGCCUCAAGAAGGCUAAGUUUUUUAGCCUCCUGGAUGUCAAAGAAGCUUUCUACCAGGUUGAGCUUGAAGAGUCGUGCAGGUACAUCCCUACGUUUAUCACUCAUAAGGGGGUGUUCCGUUACAAGAGAUUGAUGUUUGGAAUCUCUUGCGCGCCGGAGAUGUUCCAAAAGAUAAUAAAACAGAUCCUUGCCGACUGUGAUUGCGUGAUAAACUAUAUCGAUGAUUUCUUUGUCUUCGGUGAAACAGAACAAGAGCACGACGAAGCACUACGGAAGGUUCUGGAGGUGUUCAAAUCACGAGGGAUUCUUUUGAAUCAAAGUAAAUGUGUCUUCAAAGUUCCGGAGAUAACAUUUGUGGGCCAUCGCCUUUCAUCGAAGGGUGUGCAGCCAACAGAGGAAAAG